AUGUCAGCAGCGGCGGCGGCGGCGGCAGCAGCUGUCAGUGUGCGUCCACCCGCUGGUUUUGCAGUGAUCGGCAUCAUUGGGCCUGACAAUGCAAAGUUGCGCAGUUCGCUGCGCGGAUGGACGGAAGCCGUGUCGCCAGCUGUGCUCGCUCGCUUUGCCAUCUCGUUGAGAGACCGCGCGUCGGCGCAGUGGCCGGCACAGGUCACAGCGGCUGAGCCCGAUAUCGACUUCCUGGACUGCCUCGGGCAGCGCUCGGGGGCCGGUGUCGUCAUCAUAUCCCUGUUCGACGCGUGGCUGCGACAUGCGGUUGCUCGUUACCCUCACGCCACUUUUGUGGGCCGCGCAGACUCCGACGCGGUGCCGAGCCCGAGCUGGCUGCUGGCAAUGCUGGCUGCCGAAUCAGAACGCCAGGCGCAGCACGGAGGUGUUGGCGAGCAGCACGUCUACGCGGGCUCGAUGCAGUGGUACCACUGGGACGAGCUUGCCUUCCGCCCGUGGGGCUGGGGUAUGGGGCCCCACGGAGCCCACCGACGAGCCGUCCACGAGAAUCCGAAGCACUGCACCGCCGAACCGUCACCGCGCUGCGCUGGCCCGUUUCCAUUCGCUGCGGGUCCGCUGCUCAUGCUGUCGAAACCACUUGCGCGCUGGUACACGCGUUCGGCUGCUGUCGCCAAGGCCGUGAGUGCGGCGCUUGACUCGCGCCUCAACCGCACGCGUGGCCACGGCGACGACACGGACGGAGGAAAGGAUUUGAGUCUAGCAGAGGCGCGUGCCCGUGGCCACUUCCUACCGCUCUCGGAGCCAGGUGAUCUCGACGUGCGCAUCUUCGACGAUGUGUUCCUCGGCCAUGCGUUCUGUGUGGGAGAUGGCGGUGGCGUCGGCGGUCACAGCGCCGGUGGCGUGGGCGGCGUUAGCAAUUUGACAAUCCUCGCAUUGCCUCCUGGCCUCAUCGAGGACUUUCCCUGCGGCGGGGGCAAGUCCGGAUGCCAGUCGGGACUUCGCCGCUUCAACUGGACCGUUAGUGGUGCGCCGCUCAUUGCUCACCACAUCCGCAAGCCUGAGUACGUGCCGCAGGCGCUCGCGCAGCUGCGUCGGGCACCGUUCGCCAUCCCGCACGCCGCCGAGUGCCGUCCCUUUAGUCCGGCCCACACGCCCGCGCCACGGCCCUACUGCCUUCGAGAGGGCCGCUCCUGGCAGUGGUGCACUCUCCCUUUCAAGCCCGCUCCGCCCAUGAAGCAGCCUCCGCGCAAGCCGCUCAAGCCCAAGCCCAAGGGGACCGCCAAGCCCACGUUUUGGGACAUUUUCAGAGGACUCUGCUGA